CAAACGCGGUGAAUUUGGAUAUCGUUGGAUGUAAAAGACGGAUCCCUGUUAGAGCAGUGAUUCAAUCAAACUUAUGGCGUGAAGGGCCCGUUCUCGGCCUUCGUCACUCACAGCUAAUGGAUGUCCUCACACAGUAUGCCUACAAUGAGAGUUUCAGGGACAAUGGGAAUGGGAGCUUCAAUGACACGGAGAGUGGGCAGAAGCACCCGUACAAUUACUAUGCCAUGCUCCUGACGCUGCUCAUCCUCGUCAUCGUCUUUGGCAAUGUGUUGGUGUGCAUGGCCGUGUCCAGGGAGAAGGCCCUCCAGUCCACCACCAAUUACCUGAUCGUCAGCCUGGCCGUGGCUGACCUGCUGGUGGCCACCUUGGUUAUGCCCUGGGUGGUCUAUCUGGAGGUGGUGGGAGAGUGGAGGUUUAGUAAAAUCCACUGUGACAUCUUUGUCACCCUAGAUGUCAUGAUGUGCACUGCAAGCAUCCUCAAUCUCUGUGCUAUCAGCAUUGAUCGAUACACAGCAGUCGCCAUGCCCAUGCUGUACAACACGCGCUACAGCUCCAGAAGACGAGUCACUGUUAUGAUCUCAGUGGUGUGGGUUCUGUCCUUUGCAAUAUCAUGCCCCCUGUUGUUCGGCCUAAAUAACACAGCGACUCGCGACGAGUCCCUGUGCAUCAUCGCCAACCCGGCCUUUGUGGUGUACUCCUCCAUUGUGUCCUUCUACAUUCCCUUCAUCAUCACUCUGCUGGUCUACGUGCAAAUUUAUGUGGUGCUUCGCAAGCGGCGAAAACGGGUGAACACAAAGCGCUUGUCACGGGGGUGGCAGCAUCAUGUUCAGAUCUUCAUCAAAGAGGUGGCCCACGAAGGGGACGACAUGGAGUUGGACGAGAGGACCAAUUGCAACCCUCAGAGACAGAGGCAUGUGGACACUGCUACCGCCACACCUGUCAGCCACCAGCUCCUCCCGCCAACCAAGGGUAACACCAGCCCCACCUCCGUGUCCCCCUCCCCGCCUGAGGGCUCUCUCAAAGUGGAGAAGAACAGUGACUCGAAGGACAUACUGGCGGAAGUGCCCAAAGUGGCUAAAGUGUUUCAGACCGAGGCCUUACCUAACGGCAAAACCCAGACGUCUAUCAAGCAGCAACCCACUCUCAUGAGUAAGAGGAAGAUCUCCCAACAGAAGGAAAAGAAAGCCACUCAAAUGUUAGCCAUAGUCCUUGGUGUAUUUAUCAUAUGCUGGCUACCUUUUUUCAUCACUCAUAUAUUGAACACCCACUGCACCACAUGCAAGGUUCCUGCGGAGAUGUAUAAUGCUUUCACGUGGCUGGGGUAUGUGAACAGUGCCGUGAACCCCAUCAUAUACACCACUUUCAAUAUAGAGUUCAGAAAAGCUUUCAUCAAGAUCCUGCAUUGCUAAGGUUGGCAUUUUCAGCAGGGAGCUGAAAUGAAGAAAAGCAAACUUAUAGCCUACUAAAAUAUACCUCAUCCACAUGAGGACUCUGCACGUGACCAUAAGUCUCAGUGAUGAUCUUUUGAGAAAUGGAGAGACUGAGUAAAUGCCACACAUGAAGACCUGGGGACUUUUGUUUGAUUAUUUUGUGGACUUAUGAUCUCCCACAUGAAUGUAUAUCGAGGAAUAAUGUAUUUUAUCAAUGAACUGUCUCUUGGAAAUGUCAUGUUGGUCUUAACCAUCGUGCUUGUCACUUAAGAACUGUCCACUCCAGGAAAUGUAAAGAAAACACAAGAAGAUGUGCUUAAAAACACUAAAGCAAACCUCCUAUUUAAUCUGUGUAUAUGAUGUAUUUUGAUCAUGGCUGAAUCCUUCAAAGAACAACUAGAUAUCAAAAAAUCAGUGUUCAUCUCAGUAUUAAACCUGAUCAUAUUAAACUGGUCAUCUAUGAGCUCUGCAGCUUUAAACCACCCACAGAAUAAAAUGUGUGUUACAUAGAGAUGAAACAUUUUGACUCAUGGUUUUCUCACUGGUCCACUUGGCAAGAGAGGCACAUAUUUGUGAUACAUUUAAUUAUUAUUAUUAUUAAUAAUAUGAUUAUUAUUAUUAAUAUUAUACCAAAACAACUUACAGCCACCACGUGACAAUUGUUCCUAUCUGGCUCGGAAGGACCAUGAAUAAGGUUUUUAAGCAAUUAUUAUUUACAUUUGCUGUAAAUGCUUUUUAUAAACCUGUUCUAUGUGAUUAAAUGCCUGCAAUGAAAAUUUGAUGCAUGUUGCAAUGCUCCUUUAUAUGGAUUCUCAUGAAAUGUAAGUUUGACAAAAAAAAAAACUAUGGCCAAUAAAUGAAGUAAUGAGACGUGA